UCUCGCGAGCAGCUGAGAAGGACGAAGGGAGCGGAAAAUGGCCUUUCGCGAGCGGGGACGUCCUUCGAGCCUGGUGGCCUGGGCUGCCGCCCUGCUGCUCGCUCUGGGCGUGGAAAGGGCUCUGGCGCUACCCGAGAUAUGCAUCCAGUGUCCAGGGAGUGUGCAAAAUUUGUCAGAAGUGGCCCUUUACUGUAAGCAGACACCAGGGCUAAUGCUGCAUGCCCGCUGCUGCCUGAAUCAGAAGGGCACCAUCCUGGGGCUGGAUCUCCAGAACUGUUCGCUGAAGGACCCUGGUCCACACUUUCCUCAGGCACAUACAGCUAUAAUCAUAGACCUACAAGUAAACCCCCUCAAGGAUGACUUGGCUGGCACCUUCCGUGGCUUUACCCAGCUCCAGACUCUGAUACUGCCACAAGAUGUCAGCUGUCCUGGAGGUAUUAAUGCCUGGGAUACUGUCACCUUUUAUACAAACAACCAAACCUGCCAAGGGCAAAGGAACCUUUGCAACAGCACUGGGGACCCAGAAAUGUGUCCUGAGAAUGGAUCUUGUGAGCCUGAUGGUCCAGGUCUUCUGCAGUGUGUUUGUGCUGAUGGCUUUCAUGGUUACAAGUGUAUGCGCCAGGGCUCAUUCCCGUUGCUUAUGUUCUUUGGGAUUCUGGGAUCCACCACGUUAUCCAUCUCUAUCCUGCUUUGGGGAACCCAACGCCGAAAAGCCAAGGCUUCAUGAAUCACAUAGGUCUUCCUACUGACCUGAAGAUCGUCCUGAUCUAUCUUAGCCCAGCCGGGGAGAUUUGCUUCCUAGACAGGCAUCGUUGGCCAGUGGAUCUUCCUCAAGGCUGAGGCCACCUUUGGAAGAAGGAUAGAAAAUUGCACAACGCUGGAGGGGCAUGGAGACUCCAGUCCAGAACUAGUACUAGUUCCCAUUUGUACUGUUAACUGUAAUAAAAACUUUUUCUUCUUCUU